AUGGAGGAAGAAAGCAGAGUCCACGCGGUGGCUCCGAGCUCCCAGGCCGCGGUUGAGAGCACGCGGCGCGCGCGGCCCGGGGGAGCCGGCGGGCGGCACGGCUCGGUCCAAGGGCACUAUGCGCGGGCCGGCCGAGCCCUGCACCCGCUCGACCAGCGCAAGAAGCAGAAGGAGCACGUGGGGGUCCUGAAGCAGCGCAUCGCCGAGGAGACCAUCAGCAAGCCCAAGGUGGGCCGGAAGUGCGCCCACUGCGACGCGGUGGAGGCCGAGCUGAACAGCACCGCGGGGCUGCUGACCCUGCACGACGUGAAGGCGCGGCAGGAGGCCCUGGUGCGCCAGCGCGAGACGCAGCGGGCGCAGCGCGAACGGCGGGAGCGGCGGCGGCGCCGGCAGCUGGACGCGCGGCGCGAGCGGGAGCAGCGGCGCCGGAUCUGCCGGCCUGUCCUUCUCGCCCGACGACGGCGACGAGGACCCCGAGGGGGGCGACCCCGAGGGCAAGGACGCGGCGUGGACACGAGCUUCCUGCCGGACCGCGAGCGCGAGGAGGUGGAGGCGACGUCCAGCUCCUGGCACGGCUGCGGGCACCGGCGCGCCGCGCGCAUCCAUAGGACGGCCGGCGCGGAGCAGCUCCCGUAAGCCGAGGAGGCCCGGAUCCGGCCGCACGACCACCCCUUCUACGACCUGAGGGUGGCGCAGGCGCGCGGCAAGGGGCCGCUCUUCACCUUCGACGUGCACGACGACGUGCGGCUGCGCAGCGACGCCCCCCUGGAGAAGGACGAGUCGCACGCGGACAGAGCGGCGCCGCGCAGCUGGCGCGAGAAGAACCAGCAUCUCUUCCCCGCCCGCCGCCGGGAGCCCUACGACCCCGAGAAGCGCUGGGACGGCUGUACGGUCCGGUGA